AUGGAUACAACUACAAAACCACAAACACAAGACCUUCCACGAUCCGGUGGAUUUCCCUCUGUUCGAUAUAAAAGAAAUUUGCCACACAAAGGUCCUUCAGGACUUGUUAUAUUUACAGUUCUUGGCGCCAUUAGCGCUUAUGGUUUUUAUCGAGUAGGACAAGGAAAUUUGGAGAAACGUGAACUUCGCCGUGAACACCUUUGGUCGCGUAUACAUUUAGUUCCAUUGCUUACAGCUGAAUUGGAUCGCGAUACGUAUCGUCGUAAUUGUGCUGCAUUAGCACGUGAAGCUGAAAUAAUGAAAGAUGUACCAGGAUGGAAAGUAGGCGAAAGUGUUUAUAAUACUAAGAGAUAUGUAGGACCAACUCAAAUUGUAGUCCCUGAACCAAGUUAA